AUGCCGAAGCGAGGCAUCGAUUGCAAACGCUGCGAAUUGGCGCGUUGUUUUCGCCUCUAUGCGCCCAACAAUCCGACAGCUCUGUUGAACCCCUCCGGCAGCGGAGUCGGCUCCCUCUUCAGCGGAUCUAACCUAAAAGGACAGUCCAGCAGUUCCAGAGGCGGUGUCGAUCUCAGACAGGGCACCCAUUCACCCCGUGGACUCGGUUGUCGUGGCGAUUGGACGAUGUUGUCAAGCGACAAGUUGACGGGUCCGACUGUGACGAGUUGUACAUCGUCGGCGGUUCAGUCGGACAAUGAGGCCUUGGACGAGACGUCAAUUGUGAUUGCCAGCCAUGAGGGUGUGGCAACUUGCGCUGGUUCCUCGGGAUCGGGACUGCCCGCCUCGGGCGUGUCAAUUGCGCCAAGCGCCGGUCUCGGGGGCCCAAAACCGACGAACACAGCCCUCGUAGAACCGGUAAGUAGAGAUGCUAUGGCCGUUGUGGCCAUCUUUAGUCAUUUGGAGAGAUUUGUGAUACCGUUGGGUUGGGGGGCCAAGAGAAGCCGAGACGGCCGGACAACCACGAGGCUCAGAGGCUGCCCCGGAGACAAAGGAAGGGCUCUUCUGCUGAUGUUGACGGCUCUUAGCUACAGAUAA